AUGCUGAAGAACUCCACCUGGAAGCUCGAGGACACAAACUUGGCCGAGUUUGGAAGCGAGCUCGAGAAGCAGCACCGCCAGGAAGAGGGCGCGCUCGAGACCGCCUGGGGCAAGGACACUGGUGUCGGAUCCAAGGCCGGUCUCUGGGUCUGGCGUAUCGAGCAGUUCAAAGUCGUGCCCGUUCCCAAGAACCAAAUUGGACAGUUCUACAGCGGAGACAGCUACAUAAUCCUCAAUUCAUAUACGAAGAAGGAUUCAGAUGUGCUGUUGCACGACGUUCACUUUUGGCUGGGAGAGGAAACUACCCAGGAUGAGGCCGGCACUGCAGCCUACAAGACCGUCGAGCUUGAUGACUACCUCGAUGGCCGACCCGUCCAACACCGUGAAGUACAAGGUAGCGAAUCCAGACAGCUUCUCUCGUGCUUCAAGUCCUUUACAACCCUCGGAGGCGGCGUUAAGUCUGGUUUCCACCACUGGACCGAGCCCGAGUACACGGUUCGUCUGCUGAUGGUCAAGUCCGCACCUACUGUUCCUGGACGUCACAAGUCCUCAGUCGUUGUCAGGGAGGUUUCGAAGGAUCAGAUUAACACGGGCGAUGUCUUCAUUCUUGAUACCGGCAAGGUCCUCUACCAAUGGAAUGGCAGGAAGAGCUCUGGCAUUGAGAAGGUCAAGGCGGCAGAGUACGCGCACGGCAUCGAGGCCGAUCGCGCAGGGGAUGUCAACGUCGAGACUUUUGAUGAGGGCGAUCGUGACCAGAGACUGUUCUGGAGCGCACUGGGCGGUGAAGUCGAGGUCAAGCCAGCGGAGGCCGUUGCCGAGGAGCCCGAAUACGUCAAGAAGCUGUACCGCCUAUCCAACGAAAGCGGCUCAAUGACGUUCACGCUCGAGGCCUCUGGCCCCAAGGUCACCAAAGAUCUUCUAGACUCGAACGAUGUCUUUAUCCUCGAUGUUCACCACGAGGUCUUUGUCUGGGUCGGAUCUGGGGCCAACAAGGAGGAGCAUCGCAUGGGCUUGCACUACGCUCAGGAAUAUCUCAAAAAGGAGGGUCACAGCAGCCACACUCCCAUCGCCAAAGUCUUCGAGGACGGCGAUCAUACCAUGUUUGACAAUGCCCUGAACCGCUUUUAA